ACAGACCAUGGUGUUUGACCCUCCAGUGGCCCUGACGUUUGACAUCGCCCACGGGUGGAUCUUCUGGGCCGACAGCCAUGGCAGAAUUUACAGGAGUGAUGGACGCCAACACUGGACGACCUAUACUGGGGAGCCUGGAAUCAAGGGUCUAGCUUGUGAUUGGCUGAAUGGAUACCUUUACUGGACCAAUCAGAAGACAGGAGUCAAUCUACAUGCAUUCAGCUGAUGGGAACAGUUACACUACACUGCUGAGCAAAAACAUCAGGCCAUCAGAUUUGGUGCUUGUACCUGUGGAGAGCUUGAUGUUCUGGAUCAAUGCCGGCCCAGGUGACAGGGUGACAAUAGAGAGAUCAUGGAUGGAUGGGUCAGACAGAAGCUCUCUGACAGUCCUCACAGCUCAGUCUGCCCACAGCCUCUCUGCUGACGUGGCUGCCAGGAGGCUGUAUUGGAUCAGUGACUUCAAGAGGUCUAUAGAGACAGUGAAGGUGGAUGGGACUGGCCGUUACUCCUUCACAGGACUGUUCAACAGGAGACCAGCUUUCAGCCUGGCUGUUUUUGAAAGUUUGUUCUACUGGAUUGAUGACAAAGGACUGUGGCAGGUUCCACCGAACCAACCAAACCAGAGGAAAUUUCUUUGGAAAGCUGAACUGCCACUGUUAACUGUUUACCAUGAGCUACAGCAGCCUCAAGGUUCUUCUGCAUGUACAAAGACUCCAUGCCACCUCUGUCAGCUAACAAAAGGAAACCCUGUCGGAUUCACCUGUGCUUGUCCAAACUCCAAAGUACUGUUGGUUGAUGGGACAUGUGAAUACCCAAGAUAUGUAUAUGCUACCAUUUCAAACAUCACCCUGAUUGAGUUUGCAGGCAAAGAGUCCACUAUAACCCAGUUGUUUACCACUGAUGAUGGCAUCUUGUCAUUUUAUCUGGACUGGUACAGAGACUGGCUGUACUGGGCCAACCAAACUGGCCAUAUCCAACGCACCAGUCUCAGCCAGGUCAAGACUGAGGUGGUUCUAACACCUUUGCCAGUUUGUCUGAUAAAAGUAGACCCGAGGAGUGGGAUCCUUUAUUGGGUGUCAUGUGACCAAAACAACAUCGGCAGCACCACAGCUGACAGUCAUUACCCAAGGCAGCUUUACCACACGGCAAAAGAGAUUCAAGACUUUUAUCUGGACUGGCUGAGAGGGGAGAUCCUCUGGCUGGAGGAAGAACGAAUCUUCACCAUGAGCAUGAUGGGAGGCAAAGCCAUAGAACUGCUGCAGUUAGCAGGAGGAGUCAGAGGGAACAUCGCUUUUGACCUCAGGGCCAGUAGUCUACUCUGGAACUCAAAGAGGGCAGGCCUGACAACAAUGAGUUUGCUGCGAGACAGAAGCCAUCAAGCUGGAAAAAGGUGGAACAUUUCAGGCUCUGUUGUAGCUGCCUUUGAGCCCUUCCUGUUGUCCCUUUCUGAUGAUGUCAUGACUCUGUGGGAUCGGCGUGAUGGGAGACCCAUCCAAGAUGUGACUGUGAGAGGUCACGUGUUCAAUGUGAUCGCUGCACUUGGGAACGUUCAUACAGUUCCCAGUGCUUCAGUCUGCAAUGAAUCAUCUGUUCUGUGCCGACGCUCAUCAGUCUGCCUCUCAAAAGGCCAGCUGUGUGAUGGUACAAAGGACUGCCCUGAAGGAGAUGAUGAGGAAUUUUGUGUCACCACAUGUCCAUCUAAAGAUGAUUUUAAGUGCAAGGACAGCAGAAGUUGUAUCGCCAGGAAUCUCAUUUGUGACGGUCGCUCUCAUUGUCACGAUGGCUCAGACGAAGUGGACUGUCCAAUUGUAGCUCCUCCCACAGUUAGGGCAAAUGUCCUGAAGUGUCGCAAGGGCUUGAGGCCAUGUGCAGACGGCACAGAGUGUGUUUUAUACAGCCACGUGUGUGACGGAGAGAAUGACUGUAAGGAUGGAUCAGAUGAACUGGGGUGUGAUGCCACAGCACAGACCAUGACUCCAACUAGACCUAAUAAUGAUUCAUCAGCUGAAAUGCCUCCUCCUACCCCACCACCUGCUCCAAUCCUGCCAGCCUGCAGCAGCCCGUCUGUGCUCUGUCCUUCUUCUGUUCAGAUCUGCAUUUCUCCGAGCCAGUUUUGCAACGGCCGUAAAGAAUGUCCUGAUGGCUUUGAUGAAAAGAACUGCGUGAAAAGAUGUCCCUCGAAAAAUGAUUUUCGCUGCAAAGACCGCCGGAGCUGCGUCUCAAAGAGCCUUGUUUGUGAUGGUCGCUCUCAUUGCCACGAUGGCUCAGACGAGGUUGACUGUCCAAGUGUAGCUGCUCCUGCAGCUCGGGCAAACAUCCUGAAGUGUCGCAUGGGCUCCAGACUUUGCAGAGAUGGGGCCGAAUGUGUCCUCUUUAGUCACGUUUGUGAUGGAGAGCGAGACUGUCGGGACGGGUCAGAUGAAGAAGGAUGUGAGAUUGAAAAUCUCAGUUUAAUUGAAUCCCCUUCACCUGUCAAACCCACAACUCAACCUCCAACCAAGCCGUCCUGUACCAGUCCUUCAGUUCUCUGUCCAGAUUCAUCUUUAUGCGUCAGCCCAACACAGAUAUGUGAUGGAAAGAAAGACUGUCCUGAUGGAUUUGAUGAGAACUGUGUGAAAAAAUGCUCUUCCAAUACUGACUUUCUCUGCAAGGACCGUCUGAGCUGCAUCUCAAAGAGUCUGGUUUGUGACGGUCGCUCUCAUUGCCACGAUGGCUCAGACGAGGUUGACUGUCCAAGUGUAGCUGCUCCUGCAGUUCGGGCUAAUGUCCUAAAGUGCCGUAUGGGCUCAAGGCCAUGUAAUGAUGGCACCGAGUGUGUUUUAUACAACCACAUAUGUGACGGAGAGAAGGACUGUAUGGACGGAUCUGAUGAACAGGGAUGCCCAGAAACCUGCAAGCAAGGUGAGUUUCAGUGCUCCCACGGGAAGAUGUGCAUCCCUGCAGCUCAGGUGUGUGAUGGGAAGUCACAGUGCCAGGACCGGUCUGAUGAAUUGGACUGCUGGGAACGAACCAAGAGCUGCGAGCAUCAUUGCACCGACGGCAAGCGCUGCAUCCCAAAGAAAUUCCUGUGCGAUGGAGAGAGAGACUGCCUCGAUGGCACGGAUGAGGUGGGCUGCGUUUUCACCUCUCCCGACCCUGUUACUGCUAUGACAACAACCGAGCCUCCUGCCCUCACUUCUGCAUCAGCUUGCAUCACUCCAUCAGUCCUCUGCCCAGGUUCAUCACUGUGCAUCUCUCAAAAUCAGCUGUGUGAUGGACAAAGAGAUUGCCCUGAUGGAUUUGAUGAAAAUGACUGUGUAGUCCAGUGUAAAAACCAAGGCGACUUCUUGUGCAGUGACCGGAGGAAGUGUGUGUCCAAGAUGGAAGUGUGCGAUGGUCGUGCCCACUGUCCCGAUGGCUCAGAUGAGAGGCAGUGUCAAUUAGCAGAUUCUUCUCCUCCCUCCUCCCUCAAUGUGCUCAACGUCAGAUCAGCCCCUCUGAGGUGCCGCAAAGGUUUCAAGCCAUGUAAAGACGGUCUGGAGUGUGUUAUGUACAGCCACGUGUGUGAUGGAGAGCAGGACUGCCAGGAUGGAUCAGAUGAAGAAGGAUGCGCAGCUCAAUGCAAAGAAGGGGAGUUCCAGUGUUCUCAUGGGAAUAGAUGCAUUCCAGCAGAGCAGGUGUGUGACGGGCAGUACAACUGCCAGGACCGAUCUGAUGAAAUGGACUGCUCAAAGCUGAGCGAGGGCUGCCAUCAGCGCUGUGAUAACAACACUCGCUGUAUACCAGAGACCUUCCUGUGUGAUGGUGAGAGAGACUGUGUUGAUGGGUCAGAUGAGGAGAAGUGCGGUUUGGUGGCUUGUGCGAUUAACCAGUAUCGCUGUGCCAGCGGCCAGUGUGUGUCUGAGGCUCUGAGAUGUGACGGCUAUGCCGACUGCGGUGAUCACUCCGAUGAGAUGGACUGCACAAGACCCCCGCGCUGCCCGGCGCAGCUCCGAUGUCCAUACAGCCAUGAGUGCUUGCAGAAAGAGUGGCUCUGUGAUGGCGAGGACGACUGCAAAGACGGGUCAGACGAGAAGAACUGUGCAACACCACCAGCAAAGUGCAGGGAAUAUCAGUGGCAGUGUGGAGACAGCAGCCAGUGCAUCCCUCUGUCCUGGAGGUGUGAUGGAAAAAAGGACUGUCACAACGGUGUGGAUGAAGACAAAUGCAGCCAGAGAGAAUGCCCCUCUCACCUUUACCAGUGUGGCAGUGGUGAGUGUGUGAACCCUGGGCUGGUGUGUAACGGCUUGACCAACUGUGCUGACAGUUCAGAUGAGGGCCCAGGAUGCUCUCAACGCAACUGCUCCAGCCCAUCACCUCCUCCAUGUGACCACCACUGUGUCAGCACCCCAAAUGGACCAAGGUGUUACUGUGCUGCAGGUUUCAGACUACGGUCCAGCGCUGUGUCCUGUGUGGACAUUGAUGAGUGCAAUGUAACACCCAGUGCCAUAUGCAAACACGCCUGCCUCAACACCCGUGGGUCCUACGUCUGUCAUUGCCACCCUGGGUUCUACUUGGAGCCUGACAACAAAAGCUGCAAGUCGAAAGACGAGCCUUUGCUUCUGGCGUCUGUGCAGUCAGAGCUGUUACUACUUGGAGUCCAUAGCGGCACCUUGCGUCUUCUCUCCUCUGCCACCCGGCCGGUCUUCUCACUGGAUUACCACUGGGCACUACACAGAGUUUACUGGCUGAGCCCAAACUAUCAGAGCAUACGCUGGGCUGACAUAAAAGACUCAAAUAACAAAGGGACACUUAUCAAAGGAGUGAAGUCAGAUUUUAUCGCAGUGGACUGGAUCGGUAAAAACCUGUACUGGGUGGACGGACUCGUUGGCCAGAUUCUGGCUGUGAAGCUCAGCAACACCACAGUGAGAUCUCAGGACUACACCGUGGUCCUGGGUGAAGAUCUGGAGCAGCCAAGCUCAUUGGUUUUGCUGCCCCACAGAGGUUUGAUGCUGUGGUCUGAGAUUGGCAGCACCCCUCAGAUCGAGCAGUCUGGCAUGGAUGGUUCAAAGAGGAAAGUGGUGGUGAGCCGAGGCUUGAGCUGGCCUGUCAGUUUGGCCUAUGACCUCCUGGACAACAGGGUGUACUGGGCCGAUGAGAAGCUGCGCUACAUCGGCUCAGCCUCUCUGGAUGGAGACAACGUCAAGAUACUCCAGCUAGCUGAAACUCCAAGCCCUUUCUCUGUGGCGGUCUUCAAUGACAGAGUCUUCUGGUCCGACACAAAGAGGAGAACCAUACGCUCAGCUGAUAAGAACACAGGAAAAGAUCAGAUGGUUCUUCUGAAGAGACCAGGACAGCCAUUCGGUCUGAAACUGAUGCAUGCCCUUUCCCAGCCAGCGAUAUCUAACCCCUGUGAUGAACUGCAGUGCUCCCAUCUCUGCCUGCUGGCCCCACCAGCAAGGGGCAGAUCUGGUGCACCAGGGUCACCGGGAGCUCCGGUGGUGAAGGGGCUUACGGCUGUUUGUCGAUGUCCAAAGGGGCUGCUGCUUUCCAAGGACAAGAUCACCUGCUCUCUGCCCACAGAGUCCAGUUUCAUCCUGCUUUUGUCUCAUACAACAGUCUAUCAGAUUCAUUUGCAAUCCAUACAUCGAGACGGUGUCACUCUUAAAAAAAUGCCAAACGGUCGAGCCUUAGCCCUUCCUGGAGUAACUGAGGCCUCGAUGCUUGACGUGUCCAUUGAGGAGCUUUCUCUGUAUGUGGCUGAUGCAGGACAAGGAUCUGUAGAUGUGCUGAAACUGAGCACCUCUAAGUCGAGACAGGGGCUGAGACCUGCUGGACAAAUCCUAAAGCUGAAGGAUGACUCAGUCACAGCUCUAGCAGUUGACUGGGUGUCCUCCAACCUCUACUGGAGCAGCACCCAGAGGCCUGAUCUACACGUGACCUCCCGCUAUCACAGCUACACCACCUCACUGCUGCAGGGAUCGCUGAAGGGCACAUCAUCCAUCGCGCUGCAUCCUCCCUCAGGACGACUUUGCUACACAGCAAUAGUUGUGGCAGGAAGGAAGAGCCAGACAGAGGUGAACUGUGCCUGGAUGGAUGGCCGUAACAAAGCAGUGCUGUGGCGGAAGUCGAGCAUCCCCACCUCGCUGGCCUUUUCCAACAAAGGAACCAUGAUCUACUGGGCUGACGCUGGUGAGGGAGUAAUUAGCUCUAUUGGAGUGGAUGGAUCAGGUUAUAAACAGUACAAAACAGGACCAGGUCUGCUCAUCUCCUGCACACGCACUGAGAACAUCCUACUCUGGGUCACCAUGGACAAAGAUGUAACCAAACUGUGGUUCACUGACGGGCUCCAGCCUAAACAACUGUGGUUUGAGACAAAGACCAGUGUGGUGGAAGUCAGAGCCUACAGCAACGACACCCAGUCUGGAAUGAAUAGCUGCUCCAGCAACAACGGUGACUGUGCCCAUCUGUGCCUGCCCUAUCCCGGAGGUCGGACAUGUAAAUGUGGGCAUGCCUUCCACAGCAUCAAUGGCACUUCCUGCUCCCCUCUGCCUGACUGCCCCGCUGAAGAACAGUCCUGCUUUGAUGGAAGCAAGUGUAUCAGCAGUGGCAAGUUCUGUGACGGACAAGUGGACUGUCCAGACCAGUCUGACGAACAGGACUGUCCAAACACAGACAAAGCUGAUGAUGGACAUCUUCCCCAGUCUUCCUCCUCAUCUCACCCAAACAGCCAAAAAGACUCUGUUCUUGGAGUUAAAAAAGACUCUAUAUCCUGUGACUUCCAACACUGCAACGGUCACGGCAGCUGCAUCACAGAAGGCAAAGUCACUCGCUGCCAGUGUAUGGCUGGCUACAAGGGGGAGUUUUGCCAAGAGACAGAAACUGGACAAAGCCAUGUGGCUGUCAUCCUGGGUGUCUUCUGCCUCAUUGCUGCAUUGAUGUCUGCUGCUUUUAUCUUUGCCAAAAGGAGAGCCUGGGCAUCCAUCAGAAACAGAUCCACAGAGAAAGAAACUCUUAUGGCCAACAUGGGACUGCCUUGUGAACACUACGAUUCAGACUCGGAGGAGCUGGAGUCCCCUGUAGACAUAAAGAACCCAGCACUUGCUUUAAAGUCUCUCCAGGCUAAAUACACUUCUGCAUUUGCUGAAAUGUGAAAACUUGGUGUCCAGAAAACACCUGGUGGCCAAUGCUGGGAUUAUUACAUUACAUUGAAUCCAAUGUCACAAGUAAUAUUUGAGGAUGCAUUUCAUGGGUCCUGAAUAUCAACAUGCUGAUGCAGACUGUUUUGUAAUAAACGUGAUAUAAGACGAACCGAU